UUCAGCCUUCAAGCCCUUGGACCUCUCUCCUCUCGCUGGUUUUGUAUCCUUCAGUCCAGACACCCGGCGAUCCAACUGAGCCGCCGCCCGUACGUUCCGGAAGCCUCGUCCAGCGCUACGCGCCGCGCGAUACAACAACUCCCCGUGCGCGCGCGUCGUGCUGGUGAUCUGGGGCCGGCCAAGACCGGCUCUCAGAGCCAGGGAGGCAGCCGCUUCGCAGCUAGACGACGAGAGCUUCCGUCUAAACAAAUCCCAAUACCGAAUCUUCUGUUAACCCCUUUUCUCAUUUCCAUCGAGCUGAUCAUUCAUUUCCGCCUAUAAAUUAAACUGAUUGUUAAGGUUUGAACCCCCCCUGGUUUCCCUCCAAAAGCUCCGCGUCCACAAGUGCUCCGCGUCAGUGGGAAAAGCUAGCUUGCGUCGCCAUGUGUGAGGGGCUCGUUGGCCAGCUGUUGCCGCCGUGCCUGUGCAAUGCCAAGGACGGCGGUGUCGGGGACGGCCACCGUCCCCGCGCUGUCGUCCUCUCUCCGGAUGUCGCUGUCGUCGUUUUGAACGAAACGACGACCUUGACAACAUGCACGGAGCCGCCGCCGCUCUUGGCCGACAGGCGGCCGUCGUUGACCAUGGGCGCGGCGAGCGAGGCCGCGUCGAUUUUGAGUCUGUCAUUGCCGAUGAUCAUGACGGGUCUCAUACUCUACGUCCGGCCGAUGAUAUCAAUGCUCUUUCUUGGCCGUCUCGGCGAGCUCGCGCUCGCCGGUGGGUCACUCGCCAUCGGCUUCGCUAACAUCACUGGCUACUCCGUCCUGUCCGGACUCGCUAUGGGUAUGGAGCCGGUGUGCGGCCAAGCCGUGGGCGCCAGCAACCUCCCCCUCGUCGGCGCCACCAUGCAGCGGAUGGUGCUCCUUCUCCUCGCGCUCUCCGUGCCCGUCGCCUUCCUCUGGGCGCACAUGGAGCCGCUGCUCCUGCUGUGCGGUCAGGACGCGGCCAUAUCCGCCGCCGCGCAGCGCUACAUUCUCCUCUGCCUCCCUGACCUUCUCUUCCAGUCGUUCCUCCACCCUCUCCGCAUCUACCUCCGCACGCAGUCCAUCAACUUCCCGCUCACUGUCUGCGCCGUGCUCGCAGUCGCCAUGCACCUCCCCGUCAACUACCUCCUCGUCUCGGUCCUCGGCCUCGGCGUCGAAGGCGUCGCACUCGCCUCUGCCUUGGCCAACCUCAACCUCGUGGUCCUCCUCCUCGCUUACAUCUACUUUUCCGGCGUGCACCGCGCCACCGGCGGCUUCACCCUUUCUGAAAAGCUGUUCAAGGACGUUACUGGGUGGAUGCGGCUGGCCCGGCUCGCCGUCGAGAGCUGCGCCAGCGUGUGCCUCGAGUGGUGGUGGUACGAGAUCAUGAUCCUUCUGUGCGGCAUCUUGGCGGAUCCCAAGGCCAGCGUCGCGUCAAUGGGGGUCCUCAUCCAGACCACGUCCCUGCUCUACAUCUUCCCGUCAUCGCUCAGCUUUGGCGUGUCGACGCGGGUCAGCAACGAGCUCGGCGCGAAUCGCCCGGGCGCCGCGCGCGCUGCGGCCCGUGCAGGGCUCGCGCUGAGCGUGCUCCAGGGCCUCGCCUCCUUCCUGUUCGCCGUGUCCGUGCGCGACGUGUGGGCACGCAUGUUCACGUCGGACGCGUCCAUCCUAGCGCUCACGGCGUCCGUGCUUCCCAUCCUCGGAUUGUGUGAGCUCGGCAACUGUCCGCAGACCACCGGUUGCGGGGUUCUCCGUGGGAGCGCUCGCCCCAAGGACGGCGCGCACAUCAACCUGGGCGCGUUCUACGGCGUCGGCACGCCCGUGGCCGUGGCGCUGGCGUUCUGGGUGGGGCAGGGCUUCAGGGGCCUCUGGUUCGGCCUCCUGGCCGCGCAGGCCGCCUGCGUCACCAUCAUGCUCGUGGUGAUCUCCCGCACGGACUGGGUCAAGCAAGCCGAGCUCGCGCAGGUGCUCGCCGGAGUUGUUGCACCCGGCGCCGACGCCGUUGUGAACGGAGACGACGAUAGUGGGAAAGACACGGGGCCGCACGCCAAGAUUGCGGCAUCGCAUGGCGACGAGGACUCCAGCUUGCUCAUCACCGUGCAGGGCUGACCGCCUUAUUCCUUGACAACGACGGCCGUCUACGUAUGAGUCACGGUAACUAGCAGGUACAUAGUAGGUGUGAACUGUGAAGUGAAACAAGAUUUUUGCAGUCUAAACAAUUUUUUAGAGCGUUCAUAUUAGUUGGUAUAUUGAAGGGAGAAAAAGGGAGCGCAUGUAUGUACCACGUUAUUGCGGAAAAACAUUUGAGACUUAGACGAAAAACUCGGGUGUUUUCUGUAAUUACGUGGCCAGAUUAGGUGUAUCGAUGGGUGAUACUCUUUUUUGUAUUUUUUAUUUAAAUUGUCCACAGUUGUACGCGGAAUAUCUAUACCUAUACUACAAUCUAUCUAUACUACAAUCUAUUAAGAAUCUAA